AUGACAGUAGCUGAAGAUGAUCAAUUGGGUACAACGAAUGAGGAAAUAGAACCUCAAAAUGAGGGGAAGAACCAAAUUUGUGAAAAAGAAAAUGACAAAAAUAAUGUAAAAAUAAAAAAUAAUAAAAAGGUUGAAGGGAAAGCUAUUAUAAAGGAUCAUAAUAAAAGAGGCAACUUAAGUUUAUAUGCUGAAAUCCAAGAUAAGAAAAAAAAAAAAAAAAAAAAGAAAAAAAAAACUGGAGAAAAACAUGAUAAAGAGGACGAAGUAGAAAACGAAGAAGAUGAAAAGUUUGAUAGCUACGAUGAAGAUGAUAACAAUAAUAUUUUAUUAAAGAAUAAAAUUAUCAAUAAUGAAAAUGGACAAAAUGAUGAAAAAGUAAAACCUUAUGAUUAUGAAAAAUUGUUAGUAUCUGAAAAAAAUAAAAGUACUAUAUGGAUAAGUUACAUCGCUUAUUAUUUAGAAAAAGGGGAUAUACAAGAAGCUAGAAAUAUAGCAGAGAGAGCAUUAAAAACUAUUGAUAUACAUCUUAUAGAAGAAAAACUAAAUAUAUAUUUAUGUUAUAUAAAUAUGGAAUGUGCUUAUGGAGAUAAUCUAAAUGAAAUAUUUAAAAGAGCAUUACUUGUGAAUAAUGAAAAAAGCAUAUAUUUACACACAAUGAAUAUUUUAAAAAUGAAUAAAAAGUAUAAUGAAUUAAAAGAAUUAUGUGAAGAAGCUAUUAAAAAAUUUAAAUAUUCAAAAAAAAUAUGGACUCGCUAUUUAGAACUUUUGCAUAACACACUUAACGAUGAAGAAUACGCUCAUAAUAUUUUAUUAAAAUCUUUACAUGCAUUACCAAAAAGAAAACAUUUAAACAUAAUAAUAAAUGCGGCACGUUUUGAAUAUAAAUAUUCAAAUAUAGAAAGAGGAAAAAAUUAUUUUGAAAAAUUAAUUCAGGAAUAUCCUAAACGGUCAGAUAUAUGGUUUACUUAUUUAGACAUACAUAUCAAUUCAUUAACAAAGGCAAAAAAAAAUGAAAAUGAUGAUGAAAAUCAAAAAAAAAAAAUUAAAAAAUUAACUCUUAACGAAUUACAAUUUAUUCGAAAUAUAUUUGAACGAUUUUCAUCAAUCAAAUUUAAAACACGAGUUAUGAAAAUGAUUUUUACAAAAUGGUUAUUAUUUGAAAAAAAUCACGGAAGUGUUAACACACAAAAAAUGGUUCAAAAAAAAGCUUAUGACUAUGUAGAAAGUUUAAACUCAUUGAUAUAA